AUGAUAUCAAAGGGAUUAUCAAAGGUAUUCAUACUAGCUGUUGAUAUAUCUGAAUUUGUAGUAGACCAGCAAAAUAAUCAAACCCAGCUUGAGCAGUAUAAGCCUAAUAGCAAAACAAAUAAUACGGUAUUAGAGAAAGAAUCAGAUUCAGAAACACUCGUAACUUCUUUAGACUCUGUUAUUUUCUUGAAUAAAAAAAAUGGACAGGGUUGUUCUUCUUUUCCUCAAUCAGAGAUUUCACAAGAUAAGAAGAAUACUCAGAUUUUAGAAAAUUCUAAUAACAGUCUAUCAUCUAAAUCAUAUAAUACUUCUUCUAGCUUCAAAUGUGAUGAGAAGGUAGGAAAAAUUUCUUAUAAUUUGAAAGUAGAAUAA